AACGGGAACCGGUUUAAAAUGGGGAUUUCCCCGUUCUCGCAGCGACAACAAACGAAGGAUCAGGAUUGCGGAGAAACAACACCAACGGGGAAAUGUUUCUCAUGACUAUGUACAAACAACCUGAAAGUACUUUUAUUUGAUCCUCAAGUUGUUAACUUGUCGCGCAGAAGUAUGAUCAACUGGUAUGUGUAUGCUGUAAGCAUAACGUAUGAUUCAUAUCAUAGAGUCAUAACUGAAUAUGGCAUAAAACUGGUAAACCAUACUCUUAGACGUAAAUAAGCCUACAUCCAUAUAGGUCUAUUUGAGUUCUAACCCGGUCAAAAUAUGAUGUUAUGGCUGCUUGUCUGUUGUUUGGUCCAUAUUGUGACUAUGUCAGCCAUGAAACUGGACCUGACGUCCUGCCCCAGUCCUAUCUUAGACAAGUGGAAAGAGUAUGACGAGAGAUGUAAACAGGAAUCCCCAACAAGGAGAUUCCACUGCCAGUACGAUGCAAGUGGGGACAAGAUAUCCUCAGCGUGUGCUGUUGCUUCAAAAUGUGGACCAGGUACACAUGCCCAUAUAGACACAGAGAAGGAGACUGUGUCCUGUGUCUCAUGUUCCGAUGAGUUCUAUCAACAACAUGGUAAGAUGUCCUAUGAGUACACACAGCCAAACUGUGAUUACAAGAAAAGGGCAUGUGCUGACGGGAAGUUGCAAUGUGAGUCUGCCUCCAGCCAGCAGGACUACAAGUGUUCAUGUGACCACCAGAAGGGCUAUGUGCCCAACAAUCCUACGGACUGUGAUUGUUUCAAAUAUGACAGCAUCUGUGACUGUCGAUAUAGCCCCUGUGCAGAUGGACAACAGCUUGCUGCCAAUUACAGUUGUGUGCCAGUUGCUGCUACAGCCACAGCCCCAACAAGGGAACCAACCACAACAUCUCGACCAGCAGGUGAUUCCUCUAAUACUGGUGCCGUCGUAGGGGCAGUCCUUGGCUUUGUUACUGUUAUCAUAGUACUUGCUAUUAUCUGUUAUUGCAUAUGGAGGAGAAAGGAACAAAUAAUAGAGAAAUUGAGCUCAUCAGACAGACGUUUUCCAUGUUGUCCUGAGAAGACUGAUACAACAGACAGUUCCAAAAUGGUUUCACCACUAAUUGUGUCUGAUCAGGACAAGCCUCUAUGUCCAACUGCACCACCAGGUAUGUAA